AUUUAUACCUCAAACUAAACUAAUUCUUCUCCACAUAUAAUCCCUCUCGAAGCUGCCACCAUUUUUCUUCCUCCUCCAUCCGUUUCAAUGCGGCCUGAAAUUCGGACCAAACGCAGCGCCCUAUUUCCAUGGACUCUCUCGUUAUGAUAAGCUCUCCGCUCAAAGCCCUGAGCUUCGUCAGUUUCCCAAAACCCAACGCCCUCAAUCGUUCGUCCCUCUUGCCCUUCAGAUUCAGGAUCCCCAGAAGGUUCAGGAGACCAACAGUCAUCGCAAAUUGUUCGAACCCACAAAAUCCUAGCUCAAAAUGGAGCAAUUACGGCUACCCGUUAAAGCCCUUUUCCUAUUUACUCCCGUUUUUUCAGAAAGUCAGGGACUUUACUGCGAAAUCCUCGGGACAAAGGCCCGUUGGUUCUCAGGAGACCGAGUUCCUGCAAAACGGCGCGUUUGGGGCGGCGCUGAUGAGCGUGACGUGUACGGCUAAGGUUAAAAUCAGCCCUAUUGUGGCCACGCUGGCUGCAAACCCGACAUUCGUCUCGGGCAUGUGUGCGUGGGCGGUCGCACAGUCUAUUAAAGUUUUCUUGAAUUUUUGUGUGGAGAGGAAGUGGGAUUUUAGGCUUAUGUUUGCCUCCGGUGGGAUGCCUUCUUCCCAUUCGGCGUUGUGCAUGGCCUUAACGACCUCCGUGGCCAUCUGCCAUGGAGUUGCUGAUUCUUUAUUCCCGGUUUGUUUGGGCUUUAGUUUGAUUGUUAUGUACGAUGCUAUUGGGGUUAGACGGCACGCUGGUAUGCAAGCUCAGGUACUCAAUGUGAUAGUCGAAGACUUGUUCCAAGGACACCCAAUAAGACAAAGAAAGCUGAAAGAACUUCUCGGUCACACUCCUUCCCAGGUCUUUGGUGGAGCUGUGCUCGGCAUUCUUGUAGCUUGCAUGUGUUGCCAAGUCUCCCUGUUUCCAGUCUGAAAAUAUUAAACUUCCAUUUUGGAACAACUGUGCGUCAUGCCAUUAAUCUUACAAUCUAUCGAUGUAGAUUAUCAUACUGAGAAAUCCACAAAAGCUUUUUAUACGCAAUUGUCUUCGAUGUCUUGAGUUUGGAAAGAGUAUUUUUUCGAUGCCAUUUUAUGUGUUUGUGCUGUGCUUGUUGUUGUCUUUCCUGUGCUGUUUAUUUCCUAGUGUUCAGUUCAGACAAUAUGUUGAGGUUUGAUGAAAGGUGUUAUCCUGCAGUGUAUAUACAGUUCGGUACAUCUGAGUUUUGAUUUUGUAGCCAAUGUGAAAAAAUGCUGCGUUUUGCCAAGUUUCUUUUUCCUUUUU